AUGCUCUAUGAGCGAUCUAUUGUGGAAUUCAAAUUAGGGCUACCUGUAUGGCACGAAUGUUUGGAAGUUGCAGUUGAAAAAUUUGGACUUGCUGGGGCUUCUCCAACUGAUAUAGCUGUGAUGGUUAAAAACCACUCUUCAAAUGAUAAUGCAUUGGAAGGUAUAGGAUUCAAAAUUGAUGAGAUAGUACAAGCAUGGAAUGAGAUAAAUGAAGCGAAAAAGUGGCAGAGUGGAAUUCCAUCAUUCCGGUUGGAGCCAUUACUUCGAAGACGAGCUUCCCGAAUUUAUUAUGCCUUGGAUCAUGCUUGA